AGUCGUUGCGACUUGCAAAGCUAUGACCAUCCGGUUGAUCGCAGCAAUGGCGCGGAACGGAGUGAUUGGCAAACAGGGCCGCCUGCCAUGGUCAAUUCCCGAGGACUCAAAGCACUUCCUCAGCGCAGUGGAGGGUGGCACCUGCAUCUCCGGGCGCCGAAGCUACGAGGAGCUGGGCCGAGCCAUACCCGGCGCAGGCCUGCACAUCGUGCUGUCGAAGCAGCAGGACCUCACCUACCCGGAUGCCAUGGUGCGGCCAAACCUGGGCGACGCCAUGAUGGCUGCGCUGGAGAGCGGGCGGCCAAUUUGGAUGUGCGGGGGAGCUGACGUGUACCAGCGCACCUUUCCCAUUGCAGAGGAGUUCUGGGCUACGCACAUCGAUGCAGAUGUGGAGGGCGAUGUCUACUUUCCGGACGGCUGGCAGGAUCACUUUCAGCAUGAGGCCAGCCGGCACAGCAGCAGCGAUGCCAACUUCCGCUAUGACUUUGUGGUCUACCGCCGGACGCCGUAGCGCCACCUGGGCCCCAUGCGAAGUGAUGGGGGCGAUCGAAAUCGAGUUGGAGCUGGAUCACCAGUGCCGCUUCACUGUGCCGAUGCGGCCCCUUUCCGGAGCCGACCGGAAAGGCCUGCGGAGGAUUCUGUGGCUCAGGGAGAUGCGCGAGGAAAAGUGGAGCUUGCCGCGCCACAGGGAGGUGAUGCGAUG